UUUGUUGUGAGUUCUUCACGUGAACACGCGAAAGUAUUUAUUGUGUUGGAUUUUAAAAUAUUGUGCGUGUUGAAUCAAAAUUUGACGUUUUUUGUUUCAAAUCAAAUAAAUGGCUAAACAUCAUCCAGAUCUAAUUUUUUGCCGUAAACAACCGGGCGUUGCUAUCGGUCGUCUUUGUGAAAAAUGUGAUGGCAAAUGUGUCAUCUGUGAUUCAUAUGUACGACCAUCAACAUUGGUUCGUGUUUGUGAUGAAUGUAAUUAUGGAUCAUAUCAAGGCCGAUGUGUAAUUUGCGGUGGACCAGGUGUAAGCGAUGCUUACUAUUGUAAAGAAUGUACCAUAUUGGAAAAAGAUCGUGAUGGCUGUCCAAAAAUUGUCAAUCUUGGAUCAUCGAAAACGGAUCUUUUCUAUGAACGUAAAAAAUAUGGUUUCAAGAAGAGGUAGCGCCAAAUAUCGCAUAAAAAAUUGGAAUACUCAUGUUGUUUAUUACCAAUCAAAUAUU